ACUUUUAUUUUGAAUGGUUGCUAGGAAGCCGCCUCCUUCGUGAGACAAUAUUGAAAAUACAACUCCCAUAAUCCUUCACUCGCGUAAACAGCAACCAGAUGAUACUACAGCUGGAGCUUCAGAACCGAUUCACAUGAAAUGACACAAAAGAGACUCCGAGGUCCCGGUUCGGUUCGGCGGAACGCACUGAUAUAAAACCCUUGAGAUGAUUAAAACAGACCGGACAGACAGAAGCGUUUCAUUUGACAUGCUUUUAUACAGCUAACGCGGGCCUGAAUGAGAUGAUGUGGCCUUUAAGUUAGCUGUCCGGCUAAAGCCCAUCAGCUGUUCGCAGUGCAUUCAGAUAAAAUGAUGUGAACCCGGGGAAAGAGACAAGACAUUAGCGACAGGAUGAAUCUGAAGAGGUCACGGAGUGUCGGAGCUUCUUCCUCGCUCAAUGGACUGGGAAAACAAGAUGGCGAGUCCAGACGGAAGAGGAAGAUGGCGGAGAUCAAGCAGGCCCUGAACAUGACGCCGGUGGACGUGGCCGCUCUGAGGCGAAUGGCCAUCAGUGAAGGAGGUCUGCUGACCGACGAGAUCCGCCGUCAGGUGUGGCCGAGGCUGCUCAACGUGUCUGUGGAAAACAUACCUGAGGAACUAGAGACGGUCGAUCGAGACAAUAACAAGGACUUCAACCAAGUGCUUCUGGACGUUCAGAGAUCCCUCAGACGCUUCCCUCCAGGGAUGCCAGACGAGCAGCGGGAAGGACUUCAGGAGGAGCUGAUCGAUAUUAUUCUGCGGGUGCUCGUGAAAAACCCUCAGCUGCACUACUAUCAGGGUUACCAUGACAUCGUGGUGACCUUCCUGCUGGUGCUUGGGGAACGACUCGCCACUGCCCUGGUGGAGAAACUCUCCACUCACCAUCUCAGGGACUUUAUGGACCCCACUAUGGACAACACCAAACACAUCCUGAACUACCUGAUGCCCAUCAUCGAGCGAGUCAACCCUGAAGUGUAUGACUUCAUGCAGCAAGCUGAAGUCGGCACCAUUUUUGCCCUCAGCUGGCUCAUCACCUGGUUCGGACACGUGCUGUCAGAUUUCCGCCAUGUGGUCCGGUUGUACGAUUUCUUCCUGGCCUGCCAUCCCCUCAUGCCUAUAUACUUUGCUGCUGUGAUCGUGUUGCAUCGAGAGGAGGAGGUGUUGGACUGUGAGUGUGACAUGGCCAUGAUGCACCAUCUCCUGUCUCGUAUCCCAGAGGACCUGCCGUACGAGACGCUGAUCAGCCGCGCGGGAGAUCUGUUCGUUCAGUUUCCUCCAUCUGAGCUGGCCAGAGAGCGCAGUCAGCAAACCGCCGUCUCCACCUUCAAAGACUUUGAGUUGGCGUCGACUCAGCAGCGUCCAGACACAGUGCUUCGGCGGAGACGGAUAGAGCAGCAGCAGCGCACCCUGGAGGCCCAGCGCAGCACGGUAGCGGUCGUCCAACCCACGGCACGACGCUUCAUGCGGCUGGCGGUCAUGGGUUUGACUGUGGCGUUGGGGGCCGCAGCUUUGGCCGUGGUAAACUCUGCCCUGGAAUGGGCUCCUAAGCUAGACUUACUCUUCCCGUGAAGGAGCCAAUCAACAGCACAGUUUCUCAAUUUGAGGACUUUAUUUUUUUUUUUUAAUAUUUAUACUUGUGAACAAGUCAGACUAAUGAAUAAAAUAUUGUGCUUAUAGUUAUUCUAAUUGAACAAGCUUUUUUUCCUAGAGUCUAAAGUGAAACGAUAAAAACGUUUCCAGGACCCAUUGAGGACAAGCGUCAGUCCUUGUGUUGAGAUGAAUGUACAGUAGAGGUAUGUACACUCCACAGCUCAUUCAUGAAACACGAUCCGAGCGGAUUUUUGUGUAAAUCAUCUGUAGAAACAUUCUCUUUGUGAGUCUUUUUACAUAAGAACGCUUUUACGAAUAAUUGAAAUUCAUGUGCAAAACAGCAUUCAUUGUUCAUAAAAUAGUUAUGUAAAUUGUCACAUUGAAUUGAAUACAAUUUUGUAAUGAUAGUUUUUCAUUUUCAGAAUUCUUAUACAUUGUUCAUAUGUUAAUUGUCACAUUGAAUGUGAAUACAACAAUUUAGCAAUUACAGUUUUCAAAGUUAAUAUAAGUUAAUAUAAUACAAGUGUAAUAAUAAGUAUAUACAUUUGAAAUUUAUAAAAACAUCGAUUGUCAAGCUAAUUCUGACAUUCAAUUCAAUGUGAAAAUUUACAUAAGAAUAGCUUGACAAACAAUGUACAUUUUUGUUGUUUUUGUACAUGAAUUUCAAAACAAAUGCUCUUAAACUAUCAUGGUUAUAUAAAUCGUCACAUUCGCUUAAAUGUGACAGCUCUGUCAAAAUUUACAUACGUUGUUUUACAUGUGAAUUUCAAAACACUUACUUAAACUAUUAUUACAUUGUUGAAUUCAAUUCAGUGACAAUACAUAAAAAUUGUUUUAUGCACAAUGUACUUGAACUUUUAAAACAAAAGCAAGGCAUAAUUGCUAAAUUGUUGCAUUCAAUUCAAUGCAAAAAUUAUAUAAGAAUGAUUUUAUGAGUACAUAAUAGUUUAAGAUAAUUUUAUUACAUUCAUGUACUGCUCAUAAUACAAUUUUUAAGUAAACUGAAUUGAAUGCAACAAUUUAGCAAUGAUAAUUUUAGUUUUUUGUUUUAAAAUUCAUCUACAAAAACAUUCACAUUUGUGAAACAAUUUUUCUGUAAAAUGUCAAAGUGAACUGAAUACAACAGUUCACGCAAUUAUGCAUUUAUGAAUGUUGUACAAGUCCUUUGUAAAGUCAUUCUUAUGCAAAUUAAUAAAAAUGGCUUUACAAAUUAUUUAUGCAGAAAUUUUCUUAACUUGUGUUUCAUGAUUGAGCUCCCAUGUGUUUUAUUUAAAAACGACAACAACAACAAAACUAAUAUACUGUAUUGAGACCAAACUAUUUUUAGAACCCCUGUUUGUAGAAUUGGCAGUUUAAUUUAAUUGGUUCAGGACCCCUUAUGGGUGGGAUCUAAUAUAUGUGUAUGUAAUAUCUUGGAUAAGAUACGAUUAUAAAACAGCAGUGAACAAAAAGUCUUUAUUUUAUUAUUAUUAUAUUCAUGUUUUUGAAGUUAAUUUUUUUCCACUACAUUUCAGUUUUUUCUUCUCCAAAUCACCUUAAUUGCAGUAUUUUUUGUGUCACAAGUGCUAAUUUUAGUACAUAAUGUGCAGUUUUCAUGAAUCUCUGAGCUGGAAUUGAAACCACUUCUAAGUAACUUCAGCUGAUCCACAAACUUGAGAUAUCUUGAUUCUGGAGUGUGUAAAUGGUGAACGUGAAAAACUUAAAAGUAGUUUCCGUAAUUUAACUCCAGAUCAGUGUUGAAUCAUGACACAUUGUUGUUUUUAUUGUUUAAAUGCUGUUCACGACUGAUUGUUUCCACUAAACAACAUCUUCUAAGCUUAAAGUAACAUUCAAGUGCAUAUUUUUCUAUUAUUCUUAUAUUGCUUGGUUGAAAACGAUCUUGAAUCAUGAUUUAUUAAAAUAACAUGCUGCCAUCCACACAAUACUACUGUUUAUGACAACAUAAUCACUGCUUUGAUUUUGCAUUAAUUUUGCACUAAAGAAUAUGCUUCCUUCUUAUUUUUUGCACUUUGAAAGAUAUGUUAUAAGUUGUCUCUGGUUCACUCAAGUUAAUGUCUCCACAUGUUGCUAAAUAUGUUUAAAUAAAAAGAAAAGUAAAAUGA